AUGGCUCCUUCGUGCGAGCCGCUCUGUCAUUUUGGUGGCAGAUUAUAUUUUACGUCGUUUCCCCAUCCUUCUCCACGAUCGGACAUCCUCAAUCGCUUGGCUGACGACCCGGAACACGUUCCUUUAGUACGCGGUGCGGCGAGGGGAUCAUCUGUGCCAACACCAGAUGACGAUGCGAAGUACUACUACUUCACAAUUGACGACCGGCUUCUCUACUUGUCUUUCUUUCAAGACUGGGGACCUCUGAAUCUUGCCAUGGUGUAUAAGGCCUGUAUAUUGAUUCAUGAGUUGCUUCAGGAUCAAGCCCUCUCGUCUUAUCGCCUUGUACUAUACGCAUCCAACGACCCACAAAAGAAGGCCAAUGCAGCACUUCUUAUGGCACUUUACGUGAUGAUUGUCCAACAGCGACCUCCAUGGGAAGCGUUCCACCCCAUCGCAGAGAUGGAGUUCAUGCCCUUCCGAGAUGCUGGCCGCGGACGAUCAGAUUUCAAUCUCAGUAUACAGGACUGCCUCUGGGGCCUGUACAAAGCGAUGCAGAAUGGCCUAUGUGACAUGAACGAAUUUGAUGUCGAAGAUUACGAAUAUUACGAGAAGGUGGAGAAUGGCGACUGGAAUUGGCUCACACCAAACUUCAUCGCAUUCGCGUCGCCGGUAGAUCCACUAUGGAUCAAGAAAGAGAAGGAGAAGAAAGAGACACAAGUUGGUCCUGGGUGUCCAUCUUCUACAGGCCCGAAUAGUCACGCUUUACAGCGCAAACUGCCAGCCCCAUUCCUUAAUUGUCUGGACUACUUCGAGAGGCGCAACGUUAGGCUCGUCAUUCGUCUGAACCACGCACUCUACGAUCGGCAGGUGUUUCUAGAUCGUGGGAUCAAUCACACGGAGCUGUACUUCGAUGACGGAACUAACCCCACGGACGAGAUUGUGAGGAAGUUCAUCGACUUGGUGGACGAAAUCGUCGAAGCAGGAGAUGCCGUGGCCAUACAUUGUAAAGCCGGCCUUGGUCGCACAGGGACAUUGGUCGGUGCGUAUCUGGUAUGGAAAUACGGCUUCACGGCAAACGAAGCCAUCGCUUUCAUGCGGAUAGUCCGUCCGGGGAGCGUGGUUGGUCCUCAACAACAAUACAUGUACCUCAAGCAACUGGAAUGGUGUAAAUGGGCUGCUGUGGACGAGAUGAAGAAACAGCAGUCCAUGGCAGUCCUCGCAGCCACUGCAAUUAUCGCUCCGGCCACUCCACCAAUGGAAGCGGAGGACGCAAUGGAUACCGGUGGAGACGUAACGAAUGCUACAGCAACUGUUAUCGUCACUCCUUCCACACCAUUACCAGUUCCUCCCGUGACCCCGAGCCGCCACAUCGCUGCUGCUACCGCACAUGCGCGAGCGAUCUCCCCUCCAGGUCAGCCACGCAAGACGCCUGCGGCCAAGCGUGUUGCUUCGGAUUCCGAAGUUGAGGAUACGGACGAUGUUCUGCCCACGCUUGGUACCGCACCUGCUCGACGUGCGAAGACGAAGGCCUCGGCAAGCCGCAGCCAGACUUCUCGCCUUGCUGUGUCCGAGCAGCGCCCAACUAGGGUUACACGCUCGACUGCCGGCGCAGCGGUGCGGCGGGCUGGCACCGCACUUGGGACGGUGAAACCGAACAAGACGACUGGGCAGUCGCCAAACAAGGUCCCAAGACUCGGCAAUGGCGUGAGUGCGAGGGGGAUGGUUCCUUCCGAAGCAUCGUCCACCACCGCGAAUGCAACGACAUCCCGCCGCUUGAGAAAUCCACCAUCGCCCACCCCAUCUCGGCUUCCGACGCUUAUACCCAGAAGAGGCCAUCAUAAUUCUACGGCGUCGGUGCAGGAAACCCCUGUUGCCGUUGGUGCUGCAGUCAAGUCUGCAGCACCGGGUGCUUGGAUGACCACGAAUGCUGCCGCAGUGGUUGUGCCGGGUUCGAAGUCGGAGCGGCCGAAUUUGAGGAAUGUACGGCGCAGACGGAGUAGUUUCAGCGCUGCGGACAUUGUCGCAUGA